CGUAGAGUCGAAGAUCAAUGACCCUCCUCCGACUUGACACGCAAACAUGAAGCAAUAAAAAGCUACCACAAUGAGAGAGAGAGAGAGAAACCGACGCCGGGCGCGAUGAUGGGAGCGAGAGUCAGCCGAAAUUGUCUUAAUCCCGCUCUUUCGAGCGAAGCGCCCGCCCGACUCACCAUCGCUCGCUCCAUUGUCACACUUACCGGCAGAUGAGUUUCCAAUUUAUCACUUCGAUUUUUCCGUCUGCGGCUGUAAACUCCGGAUUAUAACUGUAUGCGCGAGGAAAAUUAAAAGCGUCGCAAAAAGUUGGUCGGCCUCUCGAAGCAGCAGCAACAGCAACAGCGGAUGAUGAUUAAAAGCCUUGUAAACGUCAUCUCGCGUACGCGUGAGAGGAGGAUGUUUAGAGAAGAGAGCGUGCCAUCAUCAUCGACUUCUCGAAAAGAAAAAAGAAAGAAAAAGCCUUGGCUCGAGCUGUUUUAUCUGGAACAGUUGGCGUUGCGGCUGUUUCGUAAUCGGCCGUAUACGUAUUGCGUUCGGCCGGUCGAUUUCGGUGUGCGCAGACGCUCGCGCGAGCGACGCGCUCGUUCGUGCCAACGCACACGCGAGGCAGAAGGCGACGGGCCCGACAGGAGGCAGGUGUGUGCGAGGAACAGAGGAGAGCCGCGCCGAGGCGCGAGAGAUUACAGCGGGCCAUUAAAAAAUAAUGGGCGCGCGCUGAAGUAGAGGAGCGCGGCGGCGCAUCCGUGUCACUCGAUCAAAAUCAUGGCGCACACACACGCUCGUGGAAUGCUGACUGGCUGGCACUGUCUCCGUCCGACAAUCGAUUGGCAGCGAGCAUACCGAUGCAGAGAGAGAGAGAGAGAGGCGCGUCAGCUCGAGCCAACGCAUGCACCCAGAGAGAUCAGCUAUGCUCGCUGCACGUGUCGAUAUAAUUAGACGGCUAGAUGGGCUUGACUUACGCGCGGCGUCCAUUGUUUCGCCUAAUCACAGACAGCCACGCACGCCCGACGAUUCUCCAUCUCGAGCGAUCGCGCGUCCGGAGAUCCCCUCGUUUGCAUGCUUCAUCGUGUCGCGAGAGGCACUCGCGGACUCUCUUCCCCUCUGAAGUCCUCGCAGAGCAACGGGACGGGUCUGUCGCAACGGCACUCGUCGUGCGCGUCCUCUCGGAGAUGCCGCCGAGUGAGCGUCUUCGCUGUUGUUCUAACCUCGAUGCCGAAAGAUCCGGCGCGCCCGUGGAGAAACCAGGGCCAACAAGGUCGAGUAUGCGGCGGGCAAAUGGUGUUUCGUCGACGAGAGGCGCGCGAGACGCAGGAGGGCUCUCGAGCUCUGUGCGCGCGGAGAUUGUCGGAGAAGCCCUCGGACGAUGAUCGCCGGGGCGACCGUUUUUUCCUUUUGUUCGCGGAAGGGCGCCGCACGACAGGUAGUCGAACCGACGAGAGAUAAGGCGACGACGUAACGGGGGGCUUUGUUUCGCGAGACUACUACGAUUGCGACCAGAUGGGACUGCCUCGUGAAAAGUCUCGUCUUCUUUUUCGGCGAAGGUGGACGGAACCGAUCGGAGAGAGAUAUAUAGCUCCGGGGGUUUUGCCAGCUAUUGGCAUCGUAGAAAGAAUUCCGGAGCUGGAAUAUAACGCUUGGACCGACAGCUUUCUCAGAGAGAUACCUUAAUGACGAAACACUUGGUUUCUUACUUUCUUUUUCGUCUAACACUACAUAUAUUUAAAAUGACAUGCGCCAAAGAUUUAUCAACAGGCGCCGCUGCAUUGCGAAACGUGUAUCCAUAACUAUUCAUAAUUCACAACUGUUGUAAUACACGCGCUAAUUAACUAGUCGGUCAUUGGAAAGCACAAUGAAAAUAUCGGAAUCUAAUGAAAAGUUACACGAUGCGGAGUGAUAAUGCAACGGAUGCGUAUUAUGCUAAGAUCGCAACUUACGAAGCGCCGAUAAAUAUCAGCGUCUCUUUUGCGAGUUGCAACUCUGGUUCUCACGGAAGAAAAGGGAAUAUCCAGUCAAUAAAGAGUCGGUGCCUGGGAUCGAAGGUGACGAAAAAUACAGUCACGGAAACACGUGCGGCCGGGAGAUUGGACGGAAUGAAAAAAAAGGAUUCAGAGAGGGGGCGGAAGGCGCGCGCAGGAAGGCCCAAAAAUUAGGAGAGAAAAUGAGACGUAAAAGAAACGCGUUCGUGGCGCGGAGACAAAUGACCGGCUGCAUAGUACAACGAAAACGAAAGGCGGCGCGAUGGCGGCGGCAGCAGCAGCAGCAGCAGCAGCACAGGUAGCUCGAACCAGCUUAUCGUGGAUUUUCAUCUCAGAACUUUUCGAGAGAGAGAAAGAGGACGCACCUACCUAUCCGCCCUUUCCACGUGAUUACAUUCACGUCACGAUUCCCUAUGACGCUGCGCGCUCAUCUUACAUUUUUAAAUUCCUGCCGAUGUGGUCGUUGCGCGCGGCGCAAAAAUUUCUCAACUAGCCGCGCGCAAAAACGACGGGGGGCCGCAGUGCGCCGCGAAUUAGAAACGAUUAGCAUCCGACGGAUUCGAAAAAUGAGAAGUCCCGAUCGAUUUUUCCUCGCCGCGUCGACGUUCGCGAAUUGCUUCGUGCGCCUCGUCUCCGAUGCGAGUGGAGGAGCCCAGAAAGUUCCGUCUGCCACGGGCGUCGACCAGUCGUGCCGUUCGAUCGGACGUACUCGGAGACACGUGAGAGCCUCCGCAGAGGGAGACCUGCAUCCAUCCGUAAAGUCCGACGUCGGGCUGAUAAUUGUUGCGCGUCGCGCCGCAACGUAAACAGAGACUGGCGGAGCACGUGUUUAACACAGAGAGCGAGAGAGAGAGAGAGAGAGAGUCGAGCGGCGAGCACAGUCGGAGACAGAGAGGGGGCAGCGGCAGCCAGCGAGCGAGAAGAGCCGGCGUGAAAAGAGCGCGCCGAGCCGAGUGCAGCCAGUAAGGCGAUGGUCAUCCGGCCGACGAGUCGUUAGUCCAGAAGUACGCGCUGCCGAGCAUGGCCCACGGACAUGACGCCCAAGCAGGAGUCCACCCUCGUCACCUUGCAAAAGGUGACAACAGUACCAGCAGCAGAACCAGUAGCGGCGGCGGCGGCGGCGGCGGCGGCGGCGACGCCGGCAGCGACUAGCGCCGACGAGGAAUACGCGAGCUUCAAAGUGCCGAGAGCCACGGUCGUGCACAUGGCGUCGACGGCCAGUAGACCGCAGCACAUGUCCCAGGUCCUGGCGACUCUGGCGCUGUCGAUGGGCACGCUGUCCUCGGGCUUGGCGAAGGGCUACACCUCGCCGGCGCUCGAUUCCAUUCUGGGCAACCAGCCACCCAACCCCUAUUCGACCAGCAACAACGGCACCUGGACGGCGUUCACGGUGACGCUGCAGGAGGCCUCGUGGGUGGCCUCGCUGUCGAUGCUGGGCGCGUGGUUCGGUGCCAUGAUCGGCGACUGGACGAUGCGCAGGGGACGCCGACUGGCGCUGCGGCUAACGUCCCUGCCGCUGGCGGCCACCUGGGUCCUCACCGGCCUGGCGCCCUGCCUCGAGCUCAUCUACAUCACCAGCUUCAUCGGCGGACUCUGCUGCUCCGUGAUCACGAUGGUCGCGCAGGUCUACAUCUCGGAGAUCUCGCUGCCGGGCAUCCGGGGCUGCCUCUCGGCGAUGCUGAAGGUGCUGGGCCACGUGGGGGUGCUGCUCUCGUACAUCGCCGGAUCGUACCUGAACUGGCGCCAAAGCGCGCUGCUCGUGGCGAUAGCGCCGUCGAUGCUGUUCCUGGGCACGCUCUUCAUACCGGAGACGCCCUCUUACCUGGUGCUCAACGGCAAGGACGACGAGGCCGCUAGCUCGCUGCAGUGGCUGCGCGGCUCGCACGUCGACAUCAGGCACGAGCUCCAAGUGAUCAAGACCAACAUCCUGGCGUCGCGGGCCAAGCAGUACGAGCUGACGUUCCGGAGCAGCGUGCUCACGCCGCGACUGUACAAGCCCAUCGGCAUCACCUGCGGCCUCAUGUUCUUCCAGCGCUUCAGCGGGGCCAACGCCUUCAACUACUACGCCGUGCCCAUAUUCCGACAGACCCUCGGGGGCAUGAGCCCUCACGGCGCCACCAUCGCCAACGGCUUCGUGCAAUUGCUCGCGUCCUUGCUCUCGGGCUUCCUCAUCGACGUGGUCGGCCGACUGCCCCUGUUGAUCGCGAGCACGGUCUUCAUGUCGCUGGCGCUGGCGGGCUUCGGCAGCUACGCCUACUACUACAGCUCGAUGUCGCAGAUCCAGCACGUGGCGCCGGCCUACGCCAGCGAGGCGGCGGCCAGCGUCAGCGGCCAGUACGACUGGAUCCCGCUGCUCUGCGUGCUCGUCUUCACCACCGCGCUCGCCCUCGGCAUCUCGCCCAUCUCCUGGCUGCUCAUCGGCGAGCUCUUUCCGCUCGAGUACCGCGGCCUCGGCUCCAGCAUCAGCACCAGCUUCAGCUACUUCUGCGCCUUCGUCGCCAUCAAGCUCUACAUGGACUUCCAAGAGAGCCUGGGACUGCACGGGGCCUUCUGGUUCUACGCGGCCGUGUCCAUGUGCGGCCUGUGCUUCGUGGUGUGCUGCGUGCCGGAGACCAAGGGCAAGCAGCUGGACGAGAUGAACCCGGAGUACGCGCAGGCCCGGUAGUAUAAGGCCUCCCUCACCGGAGGGCUGUCCAACCUGGAGAAGACGAACAAGCCGCUGCCCUCCGGGGCCUACCCCAACGAGACCGACCCGCGCGUGCUCUACUCGCCGUCGUGCGCGCGGCCCGGCCUGCUGGCGCCGCGCCAGCG